AUGCGCCCGUGCCGGGGGAUUCAGCUGGAAGAAGCGAGCAUAGACGAUAUUCAGGGGUUGUUGACAUCGCGGGCCCUGUCCAGCGUUGAUCUCGUUUCUUGCUAUCUGGAGCGCAUUUAUCAAACCAGCAGCUACCUCAAUGCGAUUUUGCAAAUAAACCCAGAUGCCUUCACGAUUGCAGCAAAGCUCGACGAAGAGCGCGACAACGACCAGAUCCGCGGUCCGUUACACGGGAUCCCAUUCGUCGCAAAGGAUAAUAUAGGGACAAAGGACCGUAUGGAGACUACCUCUGGCAGCUGGGCACUAUUGGGAUCUAUAGUCCCGCGGGACGCGUUUGUGAUACGCCAGUUACGUGAAGCAGGAGCCUUGUUGCUGGGAAAGGCCGCGUUGAGCGAAUGGGCCGACAUGAGAUCGAACAACUACUCGGAAGGCUACUCCGGCCGUGGAGGCCAGUGUCGCAGUGCUUAUAACUUGACGGUCAACCCGGGUGGGAGUAGCUCUGGGCCUGGAGUCGCUGUCGGUGCCAACCUUGUCCCCUUUUCCGUGGGUACGGAGACAGAUGGUAGUGUAAUCAACCCGGCAGAACGGAAUGCCAUAGUCGGUAUCAAACCUACAGUCGGCUUAACGUCGCGCAGCGGUACUAUCCCCGAGUCAUUGAAUCAAGAUACCAUAGGUACAUUUGGGAAAACGGUGCGCGAUGCAACCUAUGCACUAGAUGCCAUCUACGGUGUGGAUGACCGCGACAAUGCUACACAUUCGCAGCAAGGGAAAACUCCCUCUGGAGGCUACGCUCAAUUUCUGAGCAACAAGAGUAGUCUUCAGGGCGCAGUAUUUGGCCUGCCAUGGGAAUCCUUCUGGAAACUAGCUGGCCCAGAGCAGCUAUCCCAGCUAAUGGAUCUUCUAGAUUUGAUAAAGGAAGCCGGCGCGAUCAUAAUCAAUGGAACUGAGUUACCGCAUCACCAAAAGAUUGUUUCGCCUACCGGUUGGGACUGGGAUUAUGGAACCGUGCGUGGUUAUCCUAACGAAUCUGAGUACACCUACAUCAAAGUCGACUUCUACAACAACAUCAAGGCAUAUCUCGCAGAGUUGGACAAUACCUCCAUGCGCUCACUAGAGGAUUUAGUCGCGUACAAUGCCGAGAACGCUGGCUCCGAGGGCGGACACCCUGACGUCCAUCCCGCGUUUGCGUCUGGACAAGACGGUCUCGAGGCAUCUCUAGCGACCAAAGGAGUGAUGGACAAAACCUACUGGCAGGCACUCUCAUUCUGUCGCCGAACCACUCGCGAAGAAGGCAUCGAUGAAGCUCUGCAGCACGGCGACAGCGUCUUGGAUGGCCUUCUCGUGCCACCAGAUGUCGCUCAGAGCAUUCAGAUCGCAGCGCAGGCCGGCUAUCCAGUGAUUACUGUCCCGGCUGGCGUAAACCGCGCUUCUGGUAUGCCGUACGGACUGGCGAUCAUGCACACGGCGUUUGCGGAACCGACGUUGAUCAAGUACGCAAGUGCUAUUGAGGAUCUGCAGAAAUCUACGGAUACUCAGUGGAAGCGUACUCUGCCUGAGUGGCGUGGGUAUCGGACUCGUAAUAUUCCUGUGAUUAACGAAUAG